CGGUAUUGAAACCGCAAGAUUUGGAUAAAAAAUGAACCACGUACAAAAAGUCAGAGUUUUGUACAAAACUAUACUUCGUUUACAUCGCGGCUUACCGGAGUCGCUGCAGGAACUUGGCAAUAACUACGUCAAAGACGAGUUUAAACGACAUAAAAAUUGCUCACCAACAGAAAGUCAGAAGUUUAUGAGCGAAUGGGCAGGAUAUGCGAUUAAUCUGGCACAACAAUUAGGCUUGCGGGGAAAGCCUGGACCGAUUGGAAUGAUAGGAGAAGAUUUAACACCAAGUCAACUAAACCACUUUCGCGACGAACAGAUUGCACAGCUGUACGAACUUUUGCAAGAAGCGAAGCGAUGAAAAAUGACUUUGGAACCCGGAAUAUCUGAAUCAUUGUCCACAACCACGAAUGUUUUAGGCAUUUCUGGGAAGAAUGCAUCACAUUCGAACUGCUUUUUGAUUUCCGUCAAAUACACACGAUGGCAACGAUCGGAUUCC